CAGUGGAGCAGAAGCAGAGCGUUGUGUUUCCGGGAGCUCGUUCGGCCGCUGGAUGAAGCUCAACAGCAACAUCCACAAAUUCAUUUUAGAAACGUAAAUAUCAAAACUCGUGAUGUCGGGCCAGAAGCGCUCUUGUGAACCCAGUGGCUCUGUUGCCCUCGGUGCUCCUCCAGAGAAGAAGAAGGGUGGUGAGGAUGGAGAGGGAAUGAGCACUGGAUCAGGAGGAACCACAGCUGUAGAAACCGUCAUUAAACUGGGUGGAGGUUCUAACUUGGAGGAACAGGAUAUCAAAGCUCUGCAGAUCAAAAACAGAAAGUUGGGAGAGGCGCUAGACCAAAGACAGGUGAUAGAGGAUGAACUAAGAGAGAGAGUCGAGAGGUUGGAGACACGUCAGGCGACAGAUGAUGCCAGUUUGUUGAUUCUUAACAGAUACUGGAACCAGUUUGACGAAAAUGUGAAGUUAAUUGCACGUCACAAUGACCAAUCAGGCAGCGAGCCUGUGGAAAGCCAACCCCCGGAAGGGCGGAGUUUAAAACCAGGCACACCAGAACCAGAUGGAGACUCAAAUCCGGAGAGAGCAAAAGACAGAGGUCAGGGAGAGGGUGUGAGUUCAUUUCUGGCCACACUGGCCAGCAGCAGCAGUGAGGAGAUCGAGGCGGCGCUACAGGAGCGGGUGGAGUCCAGCUGCAAGCAGGCAAACCGUGUGGUUGAAAUCUAUGAGAACCUGAAGAACACAGUAGAUCAGCUGAAGAAGAACCUGGAGUCUGGCGCAGGUGGCAGUCUCUGGGAUGUCGCUGUCCGGCUCAACACCCUUCUGGCUAGUGAGAAUGAACGUCUCCGUCAGCUGACAGAUGGUCUCCAGCAGAAGCAUAGUCACAUGACCAGCGAGUCCCGUUCGUUGGGCCGUGCGGCAAACCGUGCAGAUAACCGAAUCAGUGAGCUGCAGGCUCUUAUAGAGGAGCUCCAGUGGGACAUGGAGAAGAUCAGACGAAGAGAAAAUCGCCUCAACACUCACCUUGCAGAGGUGCUGGAGAGGGUGAACAGUACAGGCUACAAAGUGUGUGGUGAAGCAAGCAGUGUUUGUGGAACUAUCACUAUCAACAAAAGGAAGUUUGAGGAGAUGAACAGUGAGCUGGAGGAGAACAGGGAGCUUGCGGAGAAUCGGCUUGGUGAACUCCAGAAACUCCAACAAGACCUGCAGACGGUUUACCAGGAGAACAAUAACAUGAAGGUGGAGUUGUUGUCCAGGGCUGAGGAGGUGGCCAGAGAGAGCGCCGAGUAUCGCUGUCUUCAAUCUCAGUUCUCAGUGCUCUAUAAUGAGUCUCUAGUGCUGAAAUCUCAGCUGGACGAGACCAAAGCACGGCUUAAUACGACCAGGACCGCCCGUCUGCGCCAGCUGGACCACAUGGAGAAUGAUGAGGUUUCACUGCAGCGUAAGGUCCGUACUGAAGUGAUUCAGCUGGAGGACACGUUAGCACAGGUGCGCAAGGAGUACGAGAUGCUAAGGAUCGAGUUUGAGCAGACGCUAGCUGCUAAUGAACAAGCAGGUCCUAUAAACCGUGAGAUGCGACACCUGAUCAGUACCCUGCAGACUCAUAACCAGCAGAUGAAGGGAGAGGUGGUUAAAUAUAAGAUUAGACUGAGAGAGACUCAGCAGGAGCUCAACCAGCUCCGUGUUGCCAAAGGCAAUGCUGCAGUCCAGUCGCAGUCAAGCACAGAGGUGGAUGUAAAGGAAGAGACCACCUCCCCAAGUACACCAGCCCCGACUAGUGAUAUCACUGUGAAGACGGAGCCAGAUAGCGGCUCGGCCACACCCAGUACUACUGGUGUGACGGUUAAGAUUGAACCAGGUACAGAAACAGAGGCUGUGGUGAAAGACGAGGAGAAGGAAAAAGAAAAGGAGAAAGAGAAGGAAAAGGAGAAAGAACAGAGGGAAAAAGAGAGGGUGACACGGGGUGGUCCCGGAGGCGGAGCUGUGAAAGAAGAGAGAGAGAAAGCCGGCAGCAGCAACCAAUCUGAAGAUCUUGUGGCUGAACGCUGCGCUGUGAUUGGAGGACCAAAACGCAAGGAGAUAGAGCAGUUGAAAAUAAUGAGAGCAGAGCUUAAGAAAGCUCAAGAAUCUCAGAGAGAGAUGAAGCUGUUGCUGGACAUGUAUCGCUCUGCUCCAAAAGAGCAACGAGACAAAGUACAGCUGAUGGCAGCGGAGAAGAAGACGAAGUCAGAGGCAGAGGAGCUCCGCCAGAGGGUUCGAGAGCUGGAGGAGCGGGAGAGGAGAGAGGGAAAGAAGAUGGCUGAUGAAGAGGCUCUGAGAAAGAUCCGUUCAGUGGAGGAGCAGAUCGAUAUUCUCAAUAAGAAACUCUCUCUCGCUAAACAGGAGGAGGACGCGCUGCUGAGUGAGAUGGAUGUUACCGGCCAGGCGUUUGAGGACAUGCAAGAGCAGAACAUUCGUCUGAUGCAGCAGCUCCGAGAGAAGGACGAUGCCAACUUCAAACUCAUGAGUGAGCGCAUCAAAUCCAACCAGAUCCACAAACUCCUCAAGGAGGAGAAAGAGGAGCUGGCCGACCAGUUGCUUACACUAAAAACACAGGUUGAUGCUCAGCUCCAAGUUGUACGAAAGUUGGAGGAGAAAGAGCGCCUCCUGCAGGGCACCAUCAGCGCUGCAGAGAGGGAGCUUGCUCUGCGUACACAAGCAUUAGAGAUGAACAAACGCAAGGCUCAGGAGUCAGUGUCACUCUCCGAGGACGUGCGAGCUCAGUUGGAAGUGGUGCAGCAGAGGUUGGUUGCUGUCCGAGAGGAGGUGAUCGAAAACAGCAUCUCCCGUGAGAAAGAAUCCUUCAAUGCCCGGCGGGCACAGGAGGAUAUAUCCAAGCAACGCAGGAAAAUAGAGAAGGCCAAGAAACCCGCAGAGAACAUUCGCAAUGGAGACGAGAUCCUGAAUGAGGAAAUAAACGAAUACAAGGCCCGGUUGACGUGUCCAUGCUGCAAUUCACGUGUAAAGGACGCUGUUUUGACCAAGUGCUUCCACGUUUUUUGCUUCGAGUGCGUGAAGACACGGUAUGACACCCGCCAGAGAAAAUGCCCGAAAUGCAAUGCUGCUUUUGGUGCCAACGACUUCCAUCGCAUCUACAUUGGAUAAGCUCAUGAUUCACUUUAGCCGAAUCUGAUUGGUUCUGUGGGCAGAAUCAGCUCAGUUAAACAUUCCGUUUCAUUUGCUCUACAGAAAGAAAAACAAAGUGUUCAUGCGGUAGAUAUGCAAGCGCUGGUUUAACUGAACUAACCCGGUUACAUUCCACAGGCUUGUUUUAGCCAACAACAUAGAAGCUACUUGUUUAAACUGCCUAGAACCACAUCUGCCAUUCCACCUCUACUUUGCAUUUUCUACCCACAAUCAAACUGAGCCAAUGAAAAUACAUCUAUAUAAGUGAGAUAGUCUUUAUAGACUCAUCGAAAAGUAGCUAAACUGGGAAAUAGUUUAUUGGGGUUCAGUUUGCAUAUGGACAGCUGGUUUUGUAAUUUAUGCGAUGUUUACUUUUUCAUUUUUGACUGUUUACUUGUGAUGGUUGUGCAACUGCUUCAUUUAUUAAAUGUAGAAACUAA